AUGGAAGAGAUCAAAUUCCUGCAGUGUCUACCAAUGAUGAUGGAUUCGACCUACAUACCUGACAAUAACACCAGGAUCUCAUGUCAACGCGAGCCUGCAUGGACCAACUCAGGAGUGAAUGGAAUUUGUGAAGAGGAUGAGGUGGUUAUUAACGAGGCCCUGGAAGCUAACGUGUUCCACUUCCUGCGACUGGCUGUUGUAGCCGUACAUGAUUUCCAUAAAGAGGAAUAUUAUCUAGAGAAAGUCCAAAGGCUGGUUACAGACGUUAUUUUUCACAUGCCACUGAAGGUAUGUGAAAGAGCUGCUUACAAGAGAUUCAGCGAGAAUUGCGGCGUCCCAGAGUUCCCUAGAACCUCCCACGUAACCCAGUCACGGCUUCCAGUACUUACUGAGACAGACUUUUCUAACAAACCACAGCACAACAUCAAAUUACAAUCCGUUGAUUGGGAGGUGUUGAAAAUACUGGAUGACAGUGUCCGACAACUUGAAACAUACAAGGCUAUACCAGGACAGGAGUCCCUAGAAUCUGCCAGUCUGCUGUGUUUACAGCUGAUAGAGACCAGUCUGGAGAAGUCGGGGACGUUCCUGGACGCGUGUCGUGAGACGGGAGCCUCUGCCAUGGUGUCCGCCAUGGAUCGUCUUCUCCUGAGUGUUAAUCUACACAACGGGAAAGCCGACCACCUCGUUAAUGUCACAAAAUUUAUACAGUUCAGCAUUCCUCUUCCUGAGCAUGCCCAGUCAGCGAAGAUGAUCCUGUAUCAAGUGUAUCACUCAGCUCCUUUACAAGUGGCCCUUGUCAAUCUGUUCACAUCAAAUCAGACCUCUCAUCUGGAGCUGCUCCAUGGAUUUGUGGAAUGUCUGGAAGUGGAGGAACCAGAACAAAUGGUGGAGAAGACGAUCCACUUACCUGAGGAGGAGGAUGAUUCCCGUGAGAUCGGCCACGUCCGUAAUUCCACCAGACAGUACCUACUUCAGGUCCUACUGAGAUCUCUAGACCAACCUUCACCAAACUUGGCACACCUGCUGCUGGGCUUUGACAUUAGGAAGUCUCAAAGCAGAACUCUGCCCCAGGAUCCAGACCUGUCUACAUGCAGUCCUGUCCCUGUUAGAGAGGGGUGGGGACACACUCUGCCUGAGGGACACUCCACGACCGUCUGA